CAAUAAGCACAUUGUUUUUUGGUUUGUUUUGUUGUUUUGGUUUUUCUUCUUAACAAUCCUGUUCAAAAAAGAAAGAAGGAACGAAAAACAACAACAACUACAACAACUACAACAACUGUAACGAUAUUAAAAAUCAUUGCAUACAACAUUAUUAAUGCAAGUUCGUAUUUCUUAUUGCAUGGCAAUAAAGAGUAAAUACACUGGAAGAAAAGGAACAAGCCGCUACACGAUCUAAACCUACAGAAUAACGAGUAAAAUCUGUUUUGUAAUAACUUCCUCCCCCCCCCCGAUUUUUUCGGUACUUGAACUGUGUCUUUCAAUUUCAAAAAAAAUAUAUAUAUAUAUCUGUUAUGCCAACAUACCGUGUUCUCAUUUCAGAGGCAUUUAUCAGUCCUGACUAUUGUGUUAUUAUUUCAGGUUGUUCUUGCUCCUACUCCUUCUCCCAAGUGAACGUCAAAAUAUAACGUGCUACACAACAACAAUAACAACAAGAACAGCAAGAACAAUCUUGAAAAUUAUUUCUUUUUUUAAAAAUUCUUUUCCAUUUUAGUAUCUAUGAGUAAAUAAUUGAAUAUGAAUGGAAUAUUUUGAUCAUCAAAAAAAAAAACCAUGAUUGAUUUAUUGAAAAUCAAUUAAUUCAAAUUUUAAUGUUAUUAUUAAUUUUUUCAUGAGUAACCUUGGCAACAAAAUGAAUCGAUCUGGAUCUACAUAUAAUAAUACUAAUAUUAAUAAUCUUACAACAACUAAUCCAAGGCACCAAACAGUUUAUCCCAAUAAUAAUAAUAAUAAUAAUAAUAAUAAUAAUAAUAUAGAUAAUGUAUCAAGGAAUUCACCAACAUUUUCAAUACAUUCAGCACCAUUUUUAAAUCAUCAUUUAUCAAAUGAACAACAGUUACCAUGGCAACCAUCAUUAAUCAAUAAUCAAUUAAAUAAUCAAUCAAAUCAUGAAUUAUUAUCAAUGAUUAAUAUUAAAAAAUUAUUAGAAAGAUUAAAAAAUGAAAUUGAUAUAGAACGUAAUAAAAAAACAUUAAUUAUAAAACAAUAUAAUAAUGAUAUAUAUAAAUUAACAAAAUAUUCUAAAAUUGAAAAUUAUAUUUUAUUAGAUGCAUUAAAAAAUGCACAAAAUAAAGCUAAAUUAUAUCGUAAUGAAUAUUAUAAACUUAAAACUAAAGUUCAAACAAAAUAUGUCAAUUCAGAACAAGAGAAUUCGAAAACUUUCACCAAAAAUAAUAAUACUACACAAAAAACAUCAAUGAAACAUCAAUCUGAUUGGAUGAUUAAUAAUAAUAAUGAAUUCCAUUUAAUUCUACGAAGAAUGUAA